UCUUUCUUCUUUUGUUUCUCCUUGCAGGCCAUGUUCCUUCAAACUGGGUGGCGUUAAGAUUGCCGUAUUUAGGCUAGUUAAAAGUGGCAUACAUCUAACUUCUUUCAGAUCUUUGGAACUGCAGACAUGAGCACCUCGACACAUUGUUGGAUACAGUUAUGUGUUUGCAUUUUUGCUUCACACACUACUUGCUCAUUCCUCGUGUCUCAGUCACCGGACCUCACACACGUCUCAGUUGGUGACACUGUACAAUUAAGAUGUUCAUUUGAGCACAAAGUUUCUUACUGCUAUUCUGCUGUAACAUGGCAAAAGCUGAACCUACGGACUGGUAAACUCACACCGACGAGGUCUGGCUCUCAGUCCGAUUCACUUCAACAUGAUGAUAAAACUUGCGUUGUUACUUUAACAAAUGUAAAACAGAAUGAUUCAGGUUUGUACUACUGCAUUAGCCAUUCUAACGCAAUGGCUAUUGUCGGCAGUGGAAGCAGGGUGAUCGUAACAGAUCACUCUGUUGUGCAACCAGAACUAUCCAUCUUAUACUCAGCAUCAGAAACUGGCUCAUCAUCGGUAGCACUGCAGUGUCUGGUGACCGGAGUUGUCCCGUCUCAAGUGCAGGUGUUCUGGAGGAUUGGAGAGAAAGCGCAUGUUGGAUGGACCGAAUCCGCUUGGACAGACUCCACUGAUUCAGCCACAGAAUUCACGCGUGCUCAUCUCUCUAUUUCUGCAGAUGAGUGGACAGAAGCCGAUGAAAUCCAAUGCUUUGCUGAAUAUAAUGGCAAGAACAUGUCCAAAACUCUGAAGCGAUACGUAACCCAACCAAUCUUCUCCUGGCUUCUGUACACCGGCUGCGUGGCAGCGCUCCUUACCAUACUUAUAACAGUCAUUAUGUCUGUAGGAUUGUACCGAGAUAUGUCGGCGAACAAAAAAAACAGAGGUCUCACAAGAAAAGAUGCCCACCGCAAAAUUUCCUAUGGCAAACAGAACACACUGAGAGAAGAGAGUUCAUCUGUUAUGUGUUUCUCUGGGGAUCUCAUCAGUCAGGGGCAGGGUACGAGUCCAUCAAAAGAAUAAAGCUACUUGCUCAUUCCUCGUGUCUCAGUCACCGGACCUCACAUACGUCUCAGUUGGUGACACUGUACAAUUAAGAUGUACAUUUGAGCACAAAGUUUCUUACUGCUAUUCUGCUGUAACAUGGCAAAAGCUGAACCUACGGACUGGUAAACUCACACCGACGAGGUCUGGCUCUCAGUCCGAUUUACUUCAACAUGAU